AUGAACCCCGAUAAGUCGGGCGGCGGUCGUCGCGACGCCACGGACGACACCGGGACGACCCAGCCGCGAUCCUCCCUCGACGACAGGCCGUCUUCCGAGUUCCUCGGCGAGGAACGAUCGCGUAUCUCCAUCUUCCGGUCGGACUCGGGCUCGAAGACGGCCGCCUCGUCGGAUCUCGAUGAUGACGGCCACGACAAGAGCCCCGCGUCGACCCGUUCCGAGGAGGACAACGAUGAGGAUGAGGAGGAUGAUGAUGAUGACGGGGAAAACAUCCUCUCGGCGUCUCUGACAGAGGCAUGGGAAGAAAAGACACAUCUCUCCAGGGAGUACGCCGUCUCGGUCGCUGCUGGAGAAAAAGAAAUGCUGUACGCAAAGCCGGCGGCGGACGAGAAGCCCCAGAGGAGUAACAGCGCGGUGUCCCACUGCUCGAACUGCGGCCACCAUGGCCGCGAUUCCGUCAGGUCCUCUGUCACACUGGCAAAUGGACCACGCCCACCUACAGUCCCUCAACGCAGUUCUUCUCUGAAUCGCACAGGCACCGCCCACCUCACCCCGCUCGCGAGCCCGACAACCUUGCCCUCGGGUACCCUUCGUGCAUUUCCCCUAUGCGUCAAGAAGGUCCCCUCGCGAACCGUAUCAGACGUGCAGACGUUCCACAGCGCGCAGGAGGAACAGGCGACCUUGUCGGAGCCGCAGUCCGAGACGGCGUCCAUCAUGUCCGCCGUCUUCGCCACGCCGCUGCGGCAUUUGGCGAGCCACCCGUCUCUUAACGGCGCCUUUUCCGCCGGGGCGUCGCGAGGCGUGGGACCGCGCAUCACCCCCAUUACGGAACAGAGGCACCCGGGCAAGGCUGGCGCGCGGAUUAGCCGUUUCACGAGGCCCUUUGAGCCGGAUAUCGAUGAGGAGGACGACGGCGAAGAGUACCCUCAGCAGACGAGCAAACUGGAGACGCCGCGGACCGAGAAACGAGAGUCCGCGAUGGCCGAAAAGACGGGAGAGACGUGUGAGGAAGUGGAAUGGGUAGAGGGGUGGCCGCUCGCGUUCCUCGUGCUUGGCAUUUGCCUCGUCGUGUUCCUCAUAUCCGUCGACCGCACUAUUCUCACGACCGCCGUUCCCUACAUCACAUCUGAGUUCCAGUCAACGGCAGACAUUGGGUGGUACGGCUCGGCCUAUUUGCUCACGGCCUGCGCCUUCCAGCCCGUCUUCGGCAGGGCCUUCAUGCUCUUCUCCGUCAAGUGGUCGUACAUGUUGGCCAUGUUCAUGUUCCUUGUCGGUUCCCUCAUCUGCGGUGUUGCCCCCAACUCCGUAACACUCAUCAUAGGCCGUGCCGUGGCUGGGUUUGGAAGUGCCGGCAUCCUUACUGGUAGCUUCGUGGUUGUGUCAACAGCGGUGCCCUUGCAGCGGCGUCCGAUAUACACGGCUAUCGUCGGAUUGAUGUUCGGCUUCGGGGCCACGGUCGGUCCUCUGCUUGGAGGCGUCUUUACAGAUCUAGUGACCUGGCGAUGGUGUUUCUACAUGAACCUUCCAGUUGGGGCCGUCACCGUCGCAGUUUUCCUCUUGUUCUUCCAUCCGAAACGGCCCUUGCGUCCCCAACAGACGUUCUUCGACAGAAUCAUGGACCUCGACCUUGUAGGCAACGUGUUCCUGCUAGGGGCUUGCGUGAUGCUCUUCCUAGCACUCGAAUUCACCACGCAGAGUGAGGCAUGGUCGAGCAUCAAGGUCAUCGGCCUGCUCUCCGGAGCUGGCGUGACGGCGGUUGUCUUCGCCGCGUGGCAAUGGUGGAAGCAAGAUGGCGCCCUGAUGCCGCCGGCCAUCAUAACGCAGAGGACGGUGGCGGCAUCUUGCGUCGCUGCCUUCACCACGUAUGGGGCACUGCUGAUACACUCGUACUUCCUACCCAUCUGGUUCCAAGCGAUCAAGGGCGAGAACGCUAUCUCAUCGGGUGUGGACAUGAUUCCGUACGUUGCCACGAACGCCUUCUUCUCCCUUCUCUCGGGCAUCUUCGUCUCCGUCGUCGGGUACUAUGUGCCGCCGGCCGUCGUUGGGGCAAUGAUUGCAACAGCGGGAUGCGGUAUCUUACGGCUGCUGUCACAAGACACGCCGACGGCGCAAUGGAUUGGGUUUGAGAUAGUCGUGUCAGCAGGCUUUGGCAUGUCGAUUCAGCAAGGAUUUACUGCCGUCCAAGCCGUCCUUCCUCCCGACGAGAUCUCCAUCGGUACCGCGGCCGUCGUGGCGUCGCAGUCUUUGGGAGGUGCCAUCUUCAUCUCGGUCGGGAACACCCUGUUCCAGAACCAUCUUUUGCAAGCUUCGGUGCAAAAUAUGAUUCCGGGUGUCAACAUUCGUGCGGUUCUCGAAGGCGGGGCGACGGCCUUCCGCACUACGGUCCCGGAAAGCGCGCUUCCGACGCUGCUCACCAUGUAUAACGAGGCUCUCCGGCUGGCGUUCACGGCGGCUAUUCCCUUGGCGGGCGUGUCGGCGAUUGCGGCUUGCUUCAUGGAGUGGAAGUGUGUGAAAGGAAAUCGGCCCACAUGA